AGUAUGCCUGAACCGGCUAAGUCCGCUCUUGCCCCGAAGAAGGGUUCUAAGAAGGCGGUGACCAAAGCCCAGAAGAAAGAUGGCAAGAAACGCAAGCGCAGCCGCAAGGAGAGCUAUUCCGUAUACGUGUACAAGGUGCUGAAGCAGGUCCACCCGGAUACCGGCAUUUCUUCCAAGGCCAUGGGCAUUAUGAAUUCGUUUGUCAACGAUAUCUUCGAGCGCAUUGCGGGCGAGGCGUCGCGCCUGGCGCAUUAUAACAAACGUUCCACUAUUACGUCCAGGGAGAUCCAGACGGCCGUACGCCUGUUGCUGCCUGGGGAGCUGGCCAAGCACGCCGUGUCUGAGGGCACCAAGGCUGUUACCAAGUACACCAGCUCCAAAAGAGACGGGUUCGAGCCCCGGUCCUGGAAGAUCCUACAUGGAGCAACCGAGCCCGUGCACCCCAACUACUGAGCCUGGGACUGAACUCUAGAGCCUGUGAGCCACAACUACCAAAACCCGCGUGCUCCGCAACAA